GGGUCAUGAAAGGAGCACAAGUAUAUUUUCUUUGCGAGACAAGGAUCUAAAACAUAAACAUCUUCAAUUUUAUCACAGAAGCGAUAACGCUUGUGUGAUAAAAACAUGGAGGAGACAACCUCAGGGGAAACCAGUACAAAUUUUAGCACAGAAAGAUCAGAUAGCCAUUUGAGCAGCUUCAAUAUAUCAGACAUCGAAAAUGGUAGCGCAUCAGAUUUGGAGCGCCAAAUCGGUUUCGGCGCUCCACAAGUCUUGGAAGAAAUAAGAAGGGCGGCGCCUAACCCAAAAAAAGCAGAGACACGUCUUUCAGUGAUAUUGCUGGAUCAGGGCCUAUUUACAGUCUAUAAAAGAUUGUUCAUCACAACUUUUGCAUUAAAUGUUACUGCACUCAUUUUGGCUGCCACAGGCCAUUUUCCAUAUGCUGAAAAAGAAGCAGCUUUAUUCUCAGUGGGCAACAUUUUAGCGCUGGUGCUGUGCAGAAGUGAAGUUUUUCUGAGGAUCGUAUUCUGGGUCGCCGUCAAAAUGUUGGGCAGGUCGUGGGUUCCAAUCCCACUCAAGACCGCCGCCACUUCUUUUCUUCAGUGCUUAGGAGGAAUCCACAGCGGUUGUGGGAUUUCGUCCAUUAUGUGGUUGAUUUACUCCCUCGUACAAAUUCUCCGCCACAGGGAAUCAACAAGUGGUGUUAUAAUUGGCGUCGCAGCCGCCAUUCUGGGGCUUCUGUUCAUAAGUUCGGCGGCGGCAUUUCCACUGGUCCGCCAUGUCCAUCACAACUUCUUCGAAGAAAUCCACCGUUUUGCAGGCUGGAUAGCCCUUGCAUUGCUCUGGGCUUUUGUCAUUCUCACUGCAUCAUACAAUCCAACAAAGCGGGCAUACAAAUUACGUUUCUUGGAUCUUGUAAAGAAACAAGAUUUCAUUUUUACAUUGCUCAUCACCUUGCUCAUAAUCUUUCCAUGGCUGACUGUCAGAAAGGUCGCUGUCCAGGUGUCGGCGCAGUCCGGGCAAGCUAGUUUGAUAAAAUUUGGCGGCGGAGUGAAUCCCGGUUUGUUGGGCCGGAUUAGCAGAUCUCCUCUCUCAGAUUGGCACGCCUUCGGAAUAAUCUCCGACGGGAAAGAUGAGCACAUGAUGCUGGCGGGGGCAGUUGGAGAUUUUACCACAGGACUGGUUUCUGAUCCGCCGAAAUUCUUGUAUACUCGCUGUAUUCAUUUUGCAGGAUUGCCUUAUCUGGUAAACAUGUAUGAGAAAGUGGUGGUGGUGGCUACAGGAUCCGGCAUUGGCGUUUUCCUGUCUUUUAUGCUGCAGCGCUCUCGUGCAAACGUGUAUUUCAUUUGGGUGGCGAAAUCCAUACAGAGAAAUUUUGGAGACGAGAUUGUUAGAAAGAUUGAGAGUUACCCAUCUGAAAAGAUGAUUGUUCAUGAUACCGCUGUUUCAGGGCGUCCAAAUGUGGCGGAAUUGACAGUGAAAGCAGUGAGAGAUUGGAGCGCCCAAGUUGUUAUUGUGACAAGCAAUCCGAGGGGUAGUCGAGACGUUGUGAAGAAAUGCAGAGGAGAAGGGAUUCCAGCUUUUGGGCCAAUCUGGGACUCUUAAAAAGUUAAAUCCAUGUCUGUAAAUGAAGAUAUGUUUAUGAGGACCGAACCAACGGCCGGGCAACUAGAUUAUGCAUGAAGAUCCUGCUUUUGGGCGAAGCAUUUAAGAUGAUUUGUUUAUGGUAGCUUUAUUCCUUGUCUAUUUUUAUAAGGUUCUUUGCGCAAUAUUAUCGCUCCGAAAGGCAGGACACGCAUUCCAUAAAUAACAAAACAUACAAGUAAAUUCAAAUAUGUAGGCAGCAAAGUGUCUCUAGCAGCUCCUCUUGGUAUGUGUCUAGUAUAUUUGUGACAUGGUUUAAUAGUCUUGUGAAAUCUUUAAUUCUAAUGGCGGUCAUAUUCUGAGUAAAUGUAUUUUUUUGGAAAAAUUACGUGCUCAUGGACUUCUUA